AGGGAAGACUGGCAAUGAAGAGAAGCUAUGAAGGGAACAUCUGCAUAGAAGGCAGACACAGGAAUCGAGUGACCAUGUCGAAGCACCACGAUGCAGGGACCGCUUUCAUCCAGACCCAGCAGCUGCACGCUGCCAUGGCAGACACCUUCCUGGAGCACAUGUGCCGCCUGGACAUCGACUCGGAGCCAACCAUCGCCAGAAACACUGGCAUCAUCUGCACCAUUGGCCCGGCCUCCCGCUCUGUGGACAAACUGAAGGAAAUGAUUAAAUCUGGAAUGAACGUUGCCCGCCUCAACUUCUCUCACGGCACCCAUGAGUAUCACGAGGGCACAAUCAAGAAUGUGCGAGAAGCCACAGAGAGCUUUGCCUCUGAUCCCAUCACCUACAGACCUGUGGCUAUUGCACUGGACACAAAGGGACCUGAAAUCCGAACUGGACUCAUUAAGGGAAGUGGAACAGCAGAAGUGGAGCUGAAGAAGGGCGCACAGCUCAAAGUGACCCUGGAUGAUGCCUUCAUGGAGAAAUGUGAUGAGAACACGCUCUGGUUGGACUAUAAGAAUCUCAUCAAAGUUGUAGAAGUUGGCAGCAAAAUCUAUGUGGAUGAUGGUCUGAUUUCUUUGCUGGUUAAGGAGAAAGGGAAGGACUAUGUUAUGACAGAGAUUGAGAACGGCGGCAUGCUUGGCAGCAAGAAGGGCGUGAACCUGCCUGGUGCUGCCGUCGACCUGCCCGCUGUCUCUGAAAAGGAUAUUCAGGACCUAAAAUUCGGUGUGGAGCAGAACGUGGAUAUGGUGUUUGCUUCCUUCAUCCGCAAGGCUUCUGAUGUCCACGCUGUCAGGAAGGUGCUGGGGGAAAAGGGAAAGAACAUCAAGAUCAUCAGCAAGAUUGAGAACCAUGAGGGUGUGCGCAGGUUUGAUGAGAUCAUGGAGGCCAGCGAUGGCAUUAUGGUGGCCCGUGGUGACCUGGGAAUCGAGAUCCCGGCUGAAAAAGUCUUCCUCGCCCAGAAGAUGAUGAUUGGGCGCUGCAACAGGGCUGGCAAACCUAUCAUCUGUGCCACUCAGAUGCUGGAAAGCAUGAUCAAGAAGCCUCGCCCAACACGUGCCGAGGGCAGCGACGUCGCCAAUGCUGUCCUGGACGGAGCGGACUGCAUCAUGCUCUCCGGGGAAACAGCCAAGGGAGACUAUCCCCUCGAGGCUGUGCGCAUGCAGCACGCUAUCGCCCGUGAGGCUGAGGCCGCAAUGUUUCAUCGUCAGCUGUUCGAAGAAAUUUUACGCCUCAAUGUUAACAACAGGGACCCUGCCGAUGCCAUGGCGGCGGGCGCGGUGGAGGCCUCUUUUAAGUGCUUAGCUGCAGCCCUGCUAGUCCUGACCGAGUCUGGCAGGUCGGCACACCUGGUGUCGCGGUACCGCCCGCGGGCCCCCAUCAUCGCCAUCACCCGCAAUGAGCAGACGGCGCGCCAGGCCCACCUGUACCGCGGCAUCUUCCCCGUGCUCUGCAAAGACCCUGCCCAGGACGCCUGGGCCGAGGACGUGGACCUGCGCGUCAACCUGGGCAUGAAUGUCGGCAAAGCUCGAGGGUUCUUCAAGACCGGUGACCUGGUGAUCGUGCUGACGGGCUGGCGCCCUGGCUCUGGCUACACCAACACCAUGCGUGUGGUGCCCGUACCCUGAGC